AUGGCCGACAAACGCGGGUCCGCCAGGCCGGCGUCGCCCCUCAAGUCCGCCUACUUGAUCCUCUACAACUUUGCGUCCGCCGUGGCCUGGAGCGUCGUGCUCGGCCGCACAAUCGGCCUGCUUCGCCUGCGCGGUCCAGCCACCGUCUACGCCGGCGUGGGCGAGUGGACAAAGUGGACGCAGACCAUGGCCAUCAUGGAAAUUGCCCAUUCUCUGCUCGGCAUCGUUCGUGCCCCUCUCAGCACCACCCUGCUGCAAGUCUCGUCCCGGCUUCUGCUCGUCUGGAAAAUCGUCGACUCGUGGCCCUUCCUCGCCCUCUCUCCCUUUUAUUCCUCCAUGCUCAUCGCCUGGUCCGUCACCGAGGUCAUUCGAUACUCGUACUUUGCGCUCUCGCUGGCCGGUGUGCUGCCCGCCUUUUUGACUUGGGCGCGCUAUAGUACCUUUUACGUGCUGUAUCCCCUGGGGAUCACGAGCGAGUGCAUGCUUGUGUACGGCGCGACCAUCCCCGCGGCUCAGACGAGCAAGAUCGAACCGUACAUCCUGUAUGGCAUCUUGGCUACUUAUGUUCCUGGCUCGUUCAUCUUGUUCACCCACAUGAUGAAGCAGCGAAGCAAAGUCAUGCGUUCUCUCAAGGCCAAUGACGCCAAGUCUCAAUAG